UAAGGAAAGGUUAUGCCCACCACUUCAAGCUCAUGCAAUAAUAAAAAAGGAAAAUACUCUUAAUCCUGAUGCAGAUUUUAUUAGCUGCGCGACAGAGUUUUUUGGCUAAGGGUUAUGCCAUCCUUCACAAUGUCAUUGAACCAAGUGUAGUCACGAAACUUCGAGAUGCAGCUUUAAUCGCAACACGGGCUCGACCUGCUGUAUUCAAAGAAGUGCCAUCAUUAGAGAGUAUCUUUCAGGUCCACUCACAACGCCCCAACCGCAUAGUAGACUCACAAUUGAAGCUCCAGCUUGAGAAGCGUAACUUCGUUCUGCGCCACUUUAAGCAAGCUAUGAAGAACAAGGUAAAAUUAAGAAGGAUAGCUAAGAAAUACUCCAAUGGUCGAGACAUGGCUUUACUGUCUGGUGAUGAGUUGUGGGAGCUUAGUAAACAGCUUGCGCAAGAGGCAGUGUCGCUGUCUAGCGUCAGACAUUGCACAAGCACCGUAGAUAAUGACCCCCAGAUGCUAGCUGCUAUCGAUAAAUAUCGUGCGAAUGCUUGGAUGACGAACCCAGCCUUAGGAACGAUACUGCAGUCCGAUGUACGUCUUAAAACGUCGCUUGCAAGGUUGUCAGAGUUCGUCGGGGGUGUGGAGCAACCCGUCAUAUUUGGCGACAUCCCAUUGCUGCGGGAGGCUUUUGGUAAUCCAAUCGGUUAUCACAUUACGGCUCCGUCGAUAGGAGUUCGAACAAACACUCAUGGUAUAUCCAACGCCGUGACGCUUGUUCUCUUCACGUUUGACCCUAGCUCAAGCAAGUUGCCUCUUUUUGUGAUGGAGAACUCACAUCGUUGUAUUGUGAAGCAGUAUAUUCACGAUGUACCUCCUUGUAAUUUGUCUUCUCCCUUUCCACCUGCAGAAUCGCAUGUCGCCAGUCAGGUAAAGCAUUUUUGCUUGAAUUCAAGUGUGGUGGGAAAGUUCGUAGAUAACAUGGAUGCCAUUCGCGCGGGGUCUGUUAUGGUAGUGGAUCCUCACCUGUUGUUUGGUUUUGGACCAAAUUUGAGCUGGGAGGGUGAAGUUGUGUACAAGUUGAACAUUGUUAGCAAGGAUGCUGUGCCAUAUCUAGAGGCACCCUCUUGGAUACGCGGCUGGCGAUCGUUUCCCCAAGACAUCAAUUUUGACUCCCCAAUUGUUUUCCCCCCUCUAUUCCAGUAAUGAUUGACAUGCAUUCAUGCCCAUAUAUUCACAAAUAUAUCUGGUAAAUAAAUACGUGCACAUGCCUAUGAAGUACCAAAUAGAGCACAGAUGAGCAGCCAAAAAAUGGGAUGCCCAUCGUAAUGGAGCAUAAUAAGCUGGAAGCCAAGAUUCCAUUUUUCUCUCUGUUAUCUCUAUGUUUAUCAAAGAGGAAAA